AACACGCCGAAGCAGCCAAUUCCCUGCCGACGUCCGCUGUCCCCUCGCACGUCGCCGCCAUGCUUUCCGGAAUCCUUAUCUUCAACCAGAAAGGUGAGAACCUCAUCUUUCGCGCCUUCCGUAACGACUGCCGCCCGCGCCUUGCCGAUGUGUUCCGAAUCCAGGUCAUCUCCAACGCCCAAGUCCGCUCGCCCAUCCUCACCCUUGGCUCCACCACCUUCAGCCAUGUCAAACACGAGAACAUAUAUCUGGUCGCCGUGACGAAGAGCAAUGCCAAUGCAGCGCUGGUCUUUGAGUUUUUGUACCGUCUGGUGGGACUGGGAAAGGCAUACUUUGGCAAGUUUGACGAGGAGGCCGUAAAGAACAACUUCGUACUGGUCUAUGAGUUGCUAGACGAGAUUCUCGACUUUGGAUACCCGCAGAAUACCGAGACAGACACGCUGAAGAUGUACAUCACAACCGAGGGUGUCAAAUCGGAAAGGGCUAUGGAGGACUCGUCAAAGAUCACAAUGCAGGCCACCGGCGCUCUCUCCUGGCGACGAGCCGACAUCAAGUACCGCAAGAACGAAGCCUUCGUCGAUGUCAUCGAGGAUGUCAACCUACUCAUGUCCGCCACGGGAACAGUACUGCGAGCCGACGUGAACGGGCAGAUCAUAAUGCGCGCAUAUCUCUCAGGCACACCCGAGUGCAAGUUCGGCCUCAACGACCGCCUGACGCUGGGCGAAGAUCACCUCCAACAGCCAUCGGGUAACAAAGCAGGCGCGAAGGCUACCAGGGCAGCGGCGGGAAGCGUUACCUUGGAAGACUGUCAGUUCCACCAAUGUGUCAAGCUGGGCAAGUUCGAUGCGGACAGGAUAAUAUCCUUCGUGCCGCCCGACGGCGAAUUCGAGCUCAUGCGCUACCGGGCGACUGAGAACGUCAACCUGCCUUUCAAGGUGCAUGCCAUUGUCAAUGAGGUUGGCAAGACCAAGGUUGAAUACAGCAUCGCCAUCCGUGCCAACUAUGGCUCCAAACUCUUCGCAACAAACGUCGUCGUGCGGAUACCAACACCCCUCAACACUGCGCGUAUCACCGAGCGUACAUCACAGGGCAAGGCCAAGUACGAGCCAGAACAUAACAACAUUGUCUGGAAGAUCCCAAGAUUCACCGGGCAAAGCGAAUUCGUUCUUAGCGCCGAGGCCAGCUUAACGAGCAUGACCAACCAGAAGGCUUGGUCACGGCCGCCGCUCAGUUUGAGCUUCUCGUUGCUGAUGUUCACGAGUUCCGGAUUACUUGUCCGAUACUUGAAGGUGUUCGAGAAGAGCAACUACAGCAGUGUAAAGUGGGUGCGCUACAUGACGAGAGCGGGUAAUUAUGAGAUAAGGUUUUGAGCAUUAUUAUUCUGUAUAUUAGCUUGGAUUUACACAAGUGUUGUUGCAUUGCAGGCGCCAUGGAGCCAUUAAAGAUAUCCUUGAACGCAAUGAAAGUACCUCAUCGGUUUCUCCAGAAUCUCCUCAUGCGCUUGUCUUGGACAACAUAUCCUAGGGCCGACUGCUCAGCCCGCUCCACACAGUCUUGCUUGCAGCACGCAGUAUCGCCAUGCAUCGCAUUGCAUCGCAUCGCAUGAUGUCUCUCCCUUUCUGGACUGCUUGUAACAAUGAACCUAUAUGGAUGUAUUUCACGCUUACUACAAACACUGAACAUUGAAGUAACUAGAGAAUUGGGAGAAUAUUGAUAUGUCAAUACGUUGCGCGUUGCUUUGGGGCUGUUUUAGAAGCAGAUAUGGGAAAUCGCAACAUGUCGCUAAGUCUUCUCAUCUUUACUUUUGAGUGUAGUAGUAACACGAGAAUGUCGUUCCAUUAAGAAGUGAG